UAGAUAAAAACAUGAUAUUAUCAUGUUUGAGUCGAAGGAACACGAUGAACAGGAAGCUCUCAAAUUGGAUGAGUGUUACAAGGAAGCUAUCGAACGUGUUACACCUCUUAUUAUCGCAUUGAACCUUUCACAAGACAGAUACCUCUGUCAUGCUUGGCUCAAAAAAUUAGCUGAACCCAGGAACCCGCGAUCUCUUCGAAAUAAAUACUUGGGUGAACUUUACAGACACCUAAGAAAUGGUUCUAUCGACGGUAUUUUCGCUAGCCCACCGCCGACCGGUCCAUUGUUGCCUCUUCCAAAAUGCUGCAGCUGUGAGAUCACUGCGAGUUCUUCAAUGAGCGAACUUUCCGACGUGAGUCGUAUCAUCCUUCACGAUUCUUCGAAAUCGAUUAUCAAGCACAGGAACAGAAGUUUUUCAGGUGUUCCAUCAAGUGACUCGAGCUCGACGAAUUGCACCUGCGAAUUCAAAAAUUCACCAGCUCGCUACUGCGCCAAGCCUCGACCCAACAGACAUGCAUUCCUUGUCUAUAAAAAACGAAUUGAAAGCCUAAUUACUCACGUUCAUGAUCUUCAAGCCGAGAAGGAACGCUUAAAACGGAGCUUAUGUCAAUCUAAUCGAAAUUGCAAUUUUAAUGAAAAUUCCAAAAAUUUGACUUCGACGAUUGAACAAUUAACUGUGGAAAUUACGACGCUAAAGACAAAGUGAGAGUUGACAGAU